AGCAAUCUAAGAGUAAGGCAUCAAAGCAAUCUAGAACUUUUAACUGGCAAGCAAAAUUCAAUCCAAUCUAAUUCAAUUGUGAAAGUAUUCUUCCUUUCGAAUCACUUCCAAGAUGUCGGACAAUGUGGCUGUGAACAUUGUCUUCAACGCGUUACUAUGCGGAGCCACUGGCUAUGGUCUCUUUAAGAUCGGGCCUUCAGAGCAUCCCUGGGCCUUUACCUCAUGCCUGAUAGGGUUGACCCACGGGAUUGUGGGCCUGGUCAGUGGUUUGGCCGGUGAUGACACCGCAAAGAAGAUUCAGGAAACAACCGCCGCUAUCAUUGAGAUUGUACCGCUGCCCCUGGUCAAUGUAGAUCUGUUUCUGGCUGGCGAGUGUAACAAAAUUGCACUGGGCCAUGGCCUGUUCCUGGCCCCGCUGACCUUGAGCGUGAUUCUGGCCUUCUGGAAGACCGAGGGCGGUGAAGAUGAGGUCUUCGGAACCGUACACACCCUGAAGGUUUUGACCAUUUUGGGCAAUAUUACCUCCCUGGUCUUCCUGGCCCUAAACGAGGGCAGCGGGUACAUGGCCGGCAUGGCCGUUCUCGCCUUCGUGGCCAAAUUCGGGGCCGAUCCUUGUGAGGAGCACGUAUACGAGGGCAGCGGCGACCCGAUCAACUAUAUUUCCUGGUCGGCCUUUUUCAUCCUUACCGCUUUUGCAGUUUCCGGCGAAAAGUAGGAGGCAGGUGAUCCCCAGGGCCUUUAGCAAACUUCGAAAUUUAUAUGUAUGUUUUCCCCCAACUGAAUGGAUAAUUAAAUUAUUUG